AUGGUUUCAGUUGUUCAAGAAAUAAUGCCUGAAGAAUCUGCCCCAGUAUCACCCAGUGCUAGUGUUGUCAUGGAACCAGAGAUCUCUCCCAUCAAAGUUCAAUCAAAGCCAAAACAGAAUGGAAGGAUUCACUACCCAGGAGAUGUCAUUGAUCUUUGCACUUCAAAAGUCAGUGUCACCAUGACUGACAAAGGCAUGGACUUGACAGCUCCUGAUUCCAGCCGGCAGUCUUUCUCAAGUGAUUCCAGUGGGCGGCAUUCAGCAACAGCUGUUCAGCCAGAGGUGGUAAAUCUGAGUGCAGAGAUUUCACCUGCUACAACGCUCUCUGUUGUAACGGAUAGCAUCACAAUAGUCACUUGCUCCGCCACCAUUGCUUCGUAUAACACCACUGCUGAAAAACCACUGGAUUUGGGCAAUGCUACUUCUAUGCCUCUCCCACUCACAACCUACACACCAUGCAAACCUGUUGCACAGAUAGUAUAUCGACCUGUAAAUGCUCAGCCUCCCAAAGUCACAACAGGCAUGGAAAUUCCUGUUAAUCUAUCCUAUGGGACUGUGGAGAGCAUGUCAAGUGCAACCACACCUGUAACAAUUGCCCCUGGGAGCAUAAUGAGUGACUCUACUGGUGUUCCACCACUUAUUCCAGCGCACACAGAAGCAUACGCUUCAGCCGUUGAUCUCACCACAUCCAAGCCUGUUAUGGUGGCUCUGACCACCUCUUCAGGUGUGGUGACCACAAUAGUGGAGGAUGCUGGGACGCCUGUGGAUCUCACAGCUGGACGAAGGGCCAUCUGCUGUGAUGUCAUCUACAAACUUCCAUUCACAGGGAGUUGCAGAACACAGCAGCCCGCCACCACAAUGCCUGACAAUCGGUUUGGCUACAGAGAUGAUCAUUACCAGUAUGGCACUGCUACAACCCUUGGCAUCACAGACCUUAGUAACAUGAAAAGCUCAGUUUCAGAUAGCAAUUUCUCUGAGGCCGGACUGUUCUACCACGAAGGUAAAAAUGGAUUAGGUUACCACAAUGGAGCUUCAGACGGUGCCAUAGACUUGACUUCAGCAAAAAUGUCUGCUGGUGAGUAUGAUUUUGUUUUCCUAAUAUGUAUGGCUCCAUACCCUGAAAUAUAUUCUGAUGCAACCCUUGAAGCCAUAGCAGCCUCGCUGGACACUUUGCUCUCCCCGAACUUCCCUGGUUUUGAUGAUGGCAAGGAUCAACAGUAUUACGCUGAGCGUGAGUUCCUUGAGUUGGAGAAGUUGAAGCAGCUGUGCCUUGCUGAGGAGCUUGAGUGGGAGAGGCAAGAAAUCCAGAGGUUCCGGGAGCAGGAGCAGAUGAUUGUCCAGAAGGAGAUUGAAGAGUUGCAGAACAUGAAGCAUCAGCUGCUGUUACAGCAGGAAGAAGAGCGUCAAGCCCACUUGAUCCUGCAACAGGAGACCUUCGCUCAGCAGGCAGUGCAGCUUGAGCAGAUCCAACAACUUCAGCACCAGCUGCAACAACAACUGGAUGAACAGAAAAUAUAUCCAUAUGGUCGAGACACGCUGGAUGGCAGGUCCCCUGCAAUCAAUACAGACACACGCUUCCUGCAUCAACAAUACAUUGGCAGAGGUGAUGGCCAGUAUUGGCCUGUUAAGGAUGAUACUUCAACCUCCUUAGCACCUGGUCAGGACCAACACAUGAUGGGCACUGCUCCCACUGAAGGCAUUCCUGAAUCAGCAAGAGUUACUAGAGAUGGCAAAACUGAGUCCGCACUUGUGGUGAGUGGCAAGAAGAUUGUUGACAGUGGUGUGCAGACUGAUGAUGAAGAUGGUAAUGACAAGCCAUAUCCUGGCAGGAGGAGAAGAAAUAGGAGAAGUGUGGACAGUUGCGUCCAGACUGACGAUGAAGACCAGGAUGAAUGGGACACUCCCAUCAGAAGCAGGCGGAAGUCUCGAUCGAGUAAAUAUGGAGAUUCUGAGAAGGGCAAGUCUUCUAAGGUCUCUAGCAUUGCCAUACAGACCGUAGCUGAGAUAUCAGUUCAGACAGAUCAUUCUGGAACCAUUAGGCGCUCACCUGUGCGAGCACACCUUGACACCAAGAUCGAUUUCCCUGGGACCGGAAGACAGCUCAGAGGAGAUGAGUCUGACUCUGAUGAAUCGUCACACACAGGUCCCAUAGAGAUUGGCAUAACCACCCAUCUCAAAGCAGAUGGCACUAGCUCCACUUCAAAGUCCCCAAAAGUUCUAUAUUCUCCCGUCUCACCUAUGUCUCCAAGUAAGUCCAUAGAGUAUAGCAAGUCAGGCAAAGGUGGACAGAAGAUGCUCACUGUUGACCAUUCAAGGCAUUCCCCGAGCAGUCCCAGAUCACUAAAGCCCUCGCAAAGAUCCCUGUCUGACAAGUCUCUGAGCCCAACGACUGAAGACAGAAUGACAUCUACCUACCAUUACCCUGAGAGCUACGCAAGCAAAGGUUCACAGAGUGGCACAUCAUAUGGUUCUCAGAAAAAAGUCAAGCGUACCCUGCCACACCCUCCACCAGAGGAAGACAACAUUGUUGGACCAUCUGGAUAUAGCACUGGCUCAGCUCGAAGGAGGAUGUGUAGGAAUACCACUAUGGCUCGUGCUAAAAUCCUGCAGGACAUCGACAAGGAGCUCGACCUGGUGGAGAGGGAAUCCUCCAAGCUCCGCAAGAAACAGGCAGAACUUGAUGAGGAGGAAAAAGAAAUUGAUGCCAAAUUGAGGUACCUAGAGAUGGGCAUCAAUCGUAGGAAAGAUGCUUUGUUGAAAGAGAGGGAGAAGAGAGAGAGGGCUUAUUUGCAAGGGGUGGCAGAGGAAAGAGACUACAUGUCAGAUAGUGAGGUUAGCAAUAUCAGGGAGGCGAGGCGUAAUGGCCGGGGACUUGAAAGACCACGAACUGCUCCGCAAUCCGAAUUCAACCAGUUUAUGCCAGCACAGACUGACAACGAGUCCCAAUAUGGAGAAUACUAUCAGUAUGCCCCUCAGACCCAGGCAGACAGCCACUACCCCCAGCAAACGCUGUAUCAGCAGCAGUCUGUGUACCAUCAGCAGGUGUCCCCCUAUCAGACCCAGUCCGUGUACUCCUCAGUGCCGAGCCUUCAGCAGUCCCAGCAGACAGGCUACCAGCAUGCCUCUCAGCUGAUGAUGAUGCAGCAAAAGCCAAGGCAGUCCACCAUUUCAGAUCUAGAGCCGAAGAUCACCACCAACUAUGAGGUGAUUCACAACCAGCCGCUCCUGAUGGUCCCCUCCUCCACUGAUAGCACAUAUGGUGUUUCUCAGCACGGGGGGAAGUACAGUAACCUAGACCUUAGGAUGGCCCUGGAGGAGAGGGGCAGCAUGGCUAGCAGCCCCAUGUCCAGUAUCUCAGCUGAGUCCUUCUACACAGACAUUGACCACCACAAUGCUAGGAACUAUGUUUUGAUUGAUGACAUUGGUGAGCUCACAAAGGGCUCCUCGGGACUUAGUUCCAGCUUCACCAUCCCAGAUAAAGACAUGACCAAGGCUGACCGCCUGCUCCGGGCAGCGGAGGUGCGGCGCACAGCAGAGGUGGCUGACUUCCUGGGCUCCGGGAGGCUCUCCUAUGGAAAGACUGAGGAGGACUCCAUGGAGGAGCCAUAUGAACUCAAACUUCUGAAGCAACAGAUUAAGCAAGAGUUCCGACGGGGUACAGAGGGUCUGGAUCCCCUCACAGGCUUGCCACAUUACUUGCCAAGUGACAGCAGCUACAGACACUUCCCUAAGUCAGAGAAAUACAGCAUCAGCAGGCUCACCUUGGAGAAGCAAGCUGCUAAACAACUCCCUGCCUCUGUCCUAUAUCAGAAGCAGUUAAAGCAGAAAAAAGCAGCGCUAAUGGACCCAAAAAUUACAAAAUUUUCCCCCAUUCAGGAGAGCAGGGAUCUUGAACCAGACUACAGUCAUUUUUUAGCGUCAACCGGGUCCUCGGUGGGUGGGCUGGCCACCAGGGCUCGGCUUCUUCAAGACGAGAUUACCUUUGGGUUGAGGAAGAACGUAGCAGAGCAGCAGAAAUAUCUGGGCUCUACUUUAGGCGCUAACCUGGCGCAGUCUUUAAACUUGGGACAGUCUCUCAACCUCAGCCCAGGGUUGAGAUCAUCAUUGCAAGACGACGGCACCUACCCUAGUGGUACUCGCUCUAGACCUUCGUCCCGGCCAUCCUCUGUGUACGGACUUGACCUUUCCAUAAAAAGAGACCUGUCCAGUUCCUCGCUCAGGCUAAAGACUGAAGGUGAGGGCAUGGACACAUCGUUUGGCGCUGCCAGAGCCAAACCAACCAGCCUUCCCAUCAGCCAGAGCAGAGGACGCAUCCCAAUAGUGGCUCAGAACUCUGAGGAGGAGAGCCCAUUGAGUCCAGUCGGUCAGCCCAUGGGUAUGGCUCGAGCAUCAGCCGGCCCCCUCCCCCCAAUUUCGGCUGACUCCCGGGACCAGUAUGGCUCAAGCCACUCCCUCCCUGAGGUCCAGCAGCACAUGAGGGAGGAGUCCAGGACUCGCGGGUACGACCGCGACAUAGCCUUCAUCAUGGACGACCUGCAGGGUGCCAUGUCUGACAGUGAAGCUUACCACCUCAGGCAGGAGGAGAGCGACUGGUUCGAGAAGCCACGUGGUGGACGGCCUGGUCAGCAACUGGAUAGUAGACAGAUGAAAUCGAUGCAUUACCCAUUUCCCCACACUCGUCUGAAACUUCAGAGGGACCCUAAAGAUAACAGUGUGUCGGGAAAUGGAUUGGGAAUCCGAGUGGUUGGUGGCAAGGAGAUUCCUGGGUCAAACGGUGAUAUCGGUGCCUACAUUGCCAAAGUCACCCCUGGUGGACAUGCCGAACAGUCAGGGAAAGUGGUGGAAGGAAUGCAGGUCCUGGAGUGGAAUGGAAUUGCCCUGACCGGCAAGACCUAUGAGGAGGUGCAGACCAUCGUGGGUCCACAGAGCGGGGAGACAGAGUUAUGUGUGCGACUGGAUCUGAACAUGCUAGCUGACGCUGAGCAUCCACAACACCUGGAGCUCCACACGCAGAUGAAGGCUGGGGACAGGCAGCGCUCCCCCGGCGUGGACCCCAAGCAGCUGGCUGCGGAGCUGCAGAAGGUGUCCCAGCAGCAGGCCCCCGCCGCCGUGCUGGCUGCCCUGGAGAGGGCCGGACACCUGCACUCCGCCACCGCCUCCGCCACCUCCAGCGCCGCGCCCAGCCCCGGCCAGCCCGGCUCCCCCUCCGUCAACAAGAAGCGGCACAGCAGCAAGUCCACAGAAGCCCUGAAGCCUCAGCCUCACCCUAUCACUGGGGAAAUCCAGCUUCAAAUCAAUUAUGACAAAAAUAUGGGUAAUCUGAUCGUCCACGUCCUGCAAGCCAGAAACCUUGCUCCCAGGGACAACAACGGCUAUUCAGACCCCUUCGUUAAAGUCUACCUCCUUCCAGGGAGAGGCCAAGUCAUGGUUGUCCAGAAUGCAAGUGCUGAGAACAAGCGCAGAACCAAAAGCGUGCAGAAGAGCCAGAAUCCGGAGUGGAACCAAACUGUCAUCUACAAGAACAUCCACCUGGAACAGCUUAAAAGGAAAACCCUGGAAGUGACGGUUUGGGAUUAUGACAGAUAUUCCUCAAAUGACUUCCUCGGAGAAGUGCUGAUUGACCUCUCCAACACAGCUCAGCUGGACAACACGCCUCGCUGGCUCCCCCUAAAGGAGCAAAGUGAGAGCAUCCAGCACGGCAGAGCCCACGGUGGACCGGACGGCCAGCAGUCGCCUAAAACCUCAGUCAUCAAGAGUCGGAGCCAUGGCAUCUUCCCUGACCCAGCUAAAGAUUCCCAGAUGCCCACCAUGGAGAAAUCGCACAGCAGCCCCGGCAGCUCCAAGUCCUCCUCGGAGGGGCACCUGCGUUCCCACGGACCCUCACGCAGCCAGAGCAAGAGCAGCGUCACACAGGCACACCUGGAGGAGGCGGGGAACGCUAUCGCCGCUGCAGAGGCGGCCGUGCAGCAAGCGCGCCUCCAACCAAACAGGACAAAUCACAGAAUAACAGAAAACUCUACCAUGCCUGGUCUGAGCGAUGACUACCGGCUGGACACAGAAGAUGGCACAGGAACCAAUGCAGUGGACAGUGCCAUCUUUCAGGUCCCGCAGCUGAAGAACAUCCCAAAUGGCAUCGAUAAGAGUGGAAUGGACACUUUAACAUCAGAGGGUAAAACUCAGGUAAUGGGGGAGAUCAGAGUAGCUCUGAAGAGGGAGAUGAAGACUGAGGGAGAACAGCUGGUGCUGGAGAUCCUUCAGUGCAGGAACAUCACAUACAAGUUCAAGUCACCUGAUCAUCUACCAGACCUGUAUGUAAAACUGUAUGUGGUCAACGUGGCCACACAGAAGCGCAUCAUUAAGAAGAAGACCCGUGUGUGUCGGCACGACCGGGAGCCCUCCUUCAACGAGACAUUCCGCUUCAGCAUGAACCCUGCCGGCCACUCCAUCCAGCUCUUCCUUGUGUCCAACGGUGGGAAGUUCAUGAAGAAGACUCUGAUUGGUGAGGCCUACAUCUGGCUGGACAAGGUGGACAUGCGUAAGCGGGCUGUCAGCUGGCACAAAUUGCUGGUCAGCUCUCAGACGCAGCCAUGAGGGAGCAGCGCAGCA